GGGAGCAGAAAGAUCGAUGAGACUACUAAACUAAUGUACGUUAGUCGUUACAGUCUCGAUUUUCUCCAUGUUCUCUGCUCAUGCCCACAUCGCUAACGUGCGUCACUGCAUUGAAUAUCCCGGAUUAGGGGCAGUAGAAAGCAGCCAUUUCUCAAUAUGAUUCUUAAUGGACAUUUAAGAUGAGUAACGACGGAGACUCUUUCAAAAUAACAAGAUCGAAAAAUUUUACCAAUGAAGAAAUCUUAGCAUUAAUUCAAGUGUGGGGAGAUGAUUCAAUUCAGCAUAAAUUUGAGCAUUCUUAUAGACAUUCCGUCAUAUGGGAUACAAUAGCUAAUCUUUUGAAAUCUCGCGGUUAUAUUCGAUCUAAAGAAGAAUGGAAGACGAAAAUUGGCAAUUUGAAAUGCCAGUAUUUUAAACUUAAGAAAACUUCUAAACCAGAAUUAAUAGAUUGGCCUUAUUGGAAUGUAAUGGAAGGAAUAUAUAACAGAAAAGACGAUAAUUCUUCUGAAUUUUUAAAUAAUACACUGGAAAAUAAAUCUGAAGAAUUGCAAUACGAAAACACUAAAUCCAAUUCUGAUGCAGAAAUAAUUAUACCAGAUUGUUCCGUAGAAUGUGCUGAUCAAAUAGAAACAAAAUACUUUGUCGAUCAAAGUAAUAAAGAUCAAAUUCCUGGUUUUGUUGGAUCCGAUUUUUCUUGUACAAUUUCUAAUACAGAGAAAGUAUCAAAUUUAAAAAGAAAACGAGAAGAAGAAAUAGAUCCAAUCAUCAAUAGAAUUUUACGAAUUGAAGAAGAUCGAUUGAAUAUUUUGAAAAGGAGAACUGAUGAAGAAUGUAAGAUGUUUGAAGCAGCUACAGAGUACUUUAAAUGUCUGACUCGUCAUUUUUCAUCAACAGAAAAUAUACCCUCGUCUCACACUCCUUCUUCAUUUAUGGCAAAUAUAUUUCCCAGUCUUUCUGCUUUACAGCUUCCUGCCUUCUCCUCUGUAAUGGUUCCAUUCAGAUGCUCAUCUUCUCAAACGUCUUGCUGCUCUGCCAACACGAAUACACCGCCAUCAUCGUCAAAAAUCGAAACAGAUAAAAAUUAAAAAAAAGAAAAACACAUUUAGAUUUUAAUGUCUUUUGAUCAUUAAACAUUUCUCCUUGAAAAAUUAUAUUGAAAUAAUUAAUCUAACAGCUUUGAAUGUUUUCGGAAAGAUUAUAAAAGGAAAGUAAACACACAUCUUUGUGUCUGGUAUCAAAUUAUAAUGUCUAGUUCCGGUUAUAACUUCGAAUUUGUUAGAGCUAAUAAGAAAUCGAUGAAGGAAACAUUAAGUUAGUUUGCGAUAAAGAAAAAAAAAGAUUAAAUAUUUUGAAAAUUUAAUUAUUUUGGAGGAGGACAAAAAUCCAAUUUCCAUUUAAUAAUUUCUAUUACUAAAACGAAGAAGCCCGUAUGUAAAUAAAAUAUGUAAAUAAAGUUAUCCUGCUGCGAGAGAGAAACCUUUCAUAACAUUUGUUUUAGCGGAGUAGGUUCUUUUAUAGAGAACCAUUUUAUUGACACAAGAUAUGUAGAAUUGAUGCAAGUAUACCUGAAGGCACAUAUUCACAAGAAUAGAACUCGUACGAAAUGCAACAUUUACCAUUUCCAUUCGAAGGAAAGUUGUUACUUGCUGUGUACUUUAACAGUUAUGAAACACAAAUAUAUAUAUAGCCUAUAUAUUU